CAGGAAGGCACCAUCGUGGACAAGCCGCGGUCGUCUAUGUCUCCGGCCGUCCAGCCUCAGCUUGCGGCCCUGAGCAAGGCCCCACAGAUCACCACGUACAAAGCCGUGGGCAAACAGCCACCCACCUUCUUCAACCCCGCACCCGCCGGCUACACCCCAGCCCCCACGGGAUUCAACCCCGCGCCCUCCAAGUUCGCCCCCACCUCCACCGCGAUGGCGACGGCGCCCGGCUUCAACCACUACACGUCAGCAGUGGGAGUCGCCGCUGCCACCAGCUUCCAGCCCAGGGUAUCCCCGCCCGUGACCUUGAGGACCUCGCCCGAGGGCCACGCCCCGGUCUACACGGGGUCGCCGACAAAGACGGGCCCCUCGCCGGUCAGCGAGGG